AUGCCUAGGGAAAUUAUCACGAUCCAAGCCGGCCAGUGCGGCAACAACGUCGGUAGCCAGUUCUGGCAGCAACUGUGCCUGGAGCACGGAAUUAGCCAGGAUGGUAAUUUGGAGGAGUUUGCGACUGAAGGCGGAGACCGCAAGGACGUGUUUUUCUACCAGAGUGACGACACCAGAUACAUUCCCCGCGCGAUCCUUCUCGAUUUAGAGCCUCGGGUUCUGCACAGCAUCCAAUCGGGCCCCUACAAGAACAUCUACAAUCCCGAGAAUUUCUUUAUGGGAGAAAAUGGAGUUGGAGCUGGUAAUAAUUGGGGUGCUGGUUACGCCGCAGGCGAGGGUGUGCAGGAGGAAAUCUUCGACAUGAUUGAUCGAGAGGCAGAUGGAAGUGACUCUCUAGAGGGCUUCAUGAUGUUACACUCGAUUGCAGGAGGUACAGGCUCCGGUCUAGGAAGUUUCCUCCUGGAGCGCAUGAAUGAUCGCUUCCCCAAAAAGCUGAUUCAGACAUACUCCGUCUUCUCGGAUUCCAAUGAUGUGGUUGUCAAUCCCUACAACAGUCUGCUCACUCUGCGCCGAUUGACUCAAGAUGCUGACUCUGUGGUUGUCCUGGAUAAUCUCGCAUUGGCGAGCAUUGUUGCCGACCGGUUGCAUGUGCAAAAACCCAAUUUCGAUCAAACUAAUCAGCUUGUGUCAACGGUCAUGUCGGCAUCUACAACUCCUCUACGGUACCCAGGCUACAUGCACAAUGACCUCGCAGGAAUCAUCGCCUCGCUAAUCCCGACACCGCGCACCCACUUCCUGGUCACCUCAUACACACCGUUUACAGGUGACAACAUCGAACAGGCCAAGACUGUCCGCAAGACCACCGUUCUAGAUGUGAUGCGCCGUUUGCUCCAACCAAAAAAUCGCAUGGUCUCCAUCAACCCAAGCAAAACCAGCUGCUAUAUGAGUAUUCUCAACAUCAUCCAGGGUGAGGCCGAUCCCACAGACGUGCACAAGUCCCUCUUGCGUAUUCGUGAACGUCGCCUGGCAUCAUUUAUUCCCUGGGGUCCUGCUAGCAUCCAAGUCGCGCUCACCAAGAAAUCGCCAUAUUUACAACACACGAACCGAGUCAGCGGUCUGAUGUUAGCUAACCACACCUCUGUGGCAACUCUGUUCAAGCGAAUCAUUCAGCAAUACGACCCCCUGCGCAAACGCAAUGCAUUCAUUCAACAGUAUGAGAAAUCUGCGCCCUUCGCCGACGGACUGGGCGAGUUCGACGAAGCCCGAGCGGUGGUAAUGGAUCUCAUCCACGAGUACGAGGCCGCCGAACGCGAGGACUAUCUAGACCCAGUUGCAGGCAAAGAGACCCAUCCCGGAGCAUGA